UAAAUCCACAAAUAGCGACUUCAGUUGUUGAGAAUAGCGCCUUACCAACUUUGAACCCUCGCCAGAAGUCAGAAAUAUCCCAAUCUCACCCGAUAUUCAAAUUGACAAAUAAAUCAUCAAAAUUGAGUGGAUUCCGCAGUUUGGUUCUCAUUUGCUUGCCACCCGUUUAAAUUUCGCUCAAUUAAUUCGAGGAACUCCCGUAGAUUGCUUUUCUUUCCGACGAAUCGGCUAAAAAGGGCAGUAUCUUUAGUGAAGUCGCGGCUUCUAUUGGCAUCCAUCAUGAAGUACUUGGAAUACACUCCUCUUGAACGGAUAAAUGAUUUCUUGAGCCAUGUAAAUCUUGUAGAACGAACUAUCAAAGGAUGCUUGGAGGCUUACUCUUGCAAACAUACGGGAACAGAUAAGAAGCUCUCUCUGAGCCUGGAGAAUGAGAUUCUUGAUCAUCUUGGAAAGUCCUCGGAUACAGACUCUUCUUCACCAGUUGAAUAUCUCUUUAGUAGAUCCAGCCGGAAGACAUUGAUUUAUCUGCUUCUUACUCUCCAUCACAUGUAUCCAGACUAUGACUUCAGUGCAGUGAGAGCCCACGAGUUUUUCACUGAAGAAAGCUGGGACAGUUUUAAACAAAUUUUCGAUGUUUACAUGUUCGAAGCGUCAAAGGAGUGGCUUGAGGAGAAUGAGGGAGGUCCACUGCUAGAGACCUUGUACAAGGCUCUAGAUGAGGUUGUGAAACUAGCAGAAUGUGAAAUCUACAGUUACAGCCCAGACGCUGAAGCUGACCCCUUUCUUGAAAAAGGAGCCAUAUGGUCAUACCAUUUCUUUUUCUACAAUAGAAAGCUCAAGCGGGUCGUAAGCUUUCGGUUUAGCUGUUUAAGCAACUUGGUGAGUGAAGGCUUUUUUGCUGAUGAUUCGAGUUACGAGGAAGAUGGAGAAAUAUUUGAUGGUAUGGACAUAUGAUCAUCAAUUGCUGCAAUCCAAUGAUUAUAUCACUGUAGAAUACCUGUAUCAACCUCUCGUUGCAGUAUCUUGGUUAGUAGCUAGGUUGAUGUAUGUUGUUCUUGGGUUCUGUAAAUAAGUGUUUACACCUCUCCUGUGUAAAUACGGUUAGUGAAGCUCACAUCACUUGUUCUGUUGUGCUCUAGAAAUCUUGUGUCAUCGUCAUUUCUGUAUCAGGCCUGAGGUUUAUCUCAUUAACUUUUAAUUAGAUGGUUGUAUUGUUUGAAUUUUAAACUUGUACUGCCUUGAUCGGCCUUAGUUAAAAUCCUUGGUUGAAAUGGUUUGUUUACAACACUA